AUGAAAUCGUUUCAACAAUCACGAAAUAAUUUACUCACAUUGUUUUCUGGUGCCUGGAGGAAGCCAAUAACACAGGUUGUUUUGGUGGGGUGUGUUCUAUUCACGCAGCCUGGAAUGUUUGAUGCCUUAUCUGGACUUGGAGCUGGUGGUCAGAGAGCUUCUUCGGUCUCUUUGACUGACCAAGCAAAUGCUGCUCUUUAUGGUUGUUUUGCUGUCGUCGGGUUUAUGGGGGGAUCAAUUGUGAAUACGUUAGGUGCGAGGAUAACAUUCUUUUUAGGAACUAUAGGAUAUACUAUAUACGUUGGAUCAUUAUGGUGUCUUGAUAGAACAGGGAAUACAAAUUUUGUUAUUGCAGGAGGAGCCUUAUGUGGGAUAUCUGCUGGAAUGUUAUGGAGCGUUCAUGGAAUGGUCACAAUGUCAUAUCCUGAAGAAAAAAACAAAUCUAAGAGCUUUGCGAUUACUUGGAGUCUUUUGUCAGUCGGUGCAACUCUAGGUGGACUAAUAACCUUAGUUCAAAAUCUUGGGGGAGUAAGUAACUCUGGCGUUUCGACAGGAACGUAUGUUGCUUUCGUUAUUGUUAUGAUUAUUGGAUGUCUAUUGUCAUUGUUACUCAUGAACCCACGAUCAAUAAGGAGAAGUGAUGGAACCAGUUUGGAAAACUUCCAUCAAUCUAGCUUCAUUAAGGAGCUUGUUGAUACUGUCAAACUAUAUAAAGAUUGGAAGAUGAUGCUAUUGUUCCCUGCUUUCUUUUCUAGUAAUUUCUUUUAUUCGUAUCAGUUCGGCAUUAAUGCUUUUUAUUUUUCUCUUAGGAGCAGAUCGCUAAAUUCCAUGAUAUAUUGGUUAACGCAAAUAGUGGGAAGUGUGGGCAUUGGAUUACUUCUUGAUAGUACAAAGCUUUCAAGAAGGAAAAGAGGCUUAAUUGGAUUGAUCGUCGUUUGUGUAUUUGUAAUAGCAACAUGGAUUGGUGGAGCAAUAUUCCAACGACAAUUCACGAGGGAAUCAAAAUCGCCUAACGUCGACUGGACUAGUCCUCAUUUUGGAGGUCCUUUCGUUUUGUAUUUUAUGUACGGUAUCGCAGAUGCAAUGUGGCAAUCUUGGUGCUAUUGGAUAAUGGGGUCCUUGACUAACGAGUCCUACAAACUCGCGCGUUAUGCAGGAUUCUACAAAGGUACACAAUCAGCGGGAAAUGCAAUUUCGUUUGGACUUGAUGCCUUAAAGGUGCCCUUUAACCGUGAGUUAGGAGCUAAUUUCGGAAUGAUGGUCUUUAGCAUGCCUUUUAUGUUUUUUGUGGCUGGAAAGCUUACAGAUACAAACUAUGGCCUCGAAGAAGAAGUUAUUGUACCAGCUCACGUUCAAGAAAAUAACAUCGAGAGAAGUUCAGAUCAGGAGUUUGAAGUAAUACAUGAAUGUAUGCAGUUUAAAUCGUGA